AUGGAGCAGCAACAUAUUCAAGUAGAGAAGAAAAAGCUCUGCUGUUCGAUCUGUUUGGAUCUGCUGAAGGAUCCGGUGACUAUUCCCUGUGGACACAGCUACUGUACAAACUGUGUUAAACAUCACUGGGAUGAGGAAGAUCACAAGAAAACCCACAGCUGCCCUCAGUGCAGACAGACCUUCACACCGAGGCCUGCUCUGGUGAAAAACACUGUCUUGGCAGAGUUAGUGGAAGAGCUGCAGACGACUGAACUCCAAGCUGAUCACUGCUACGCUGGACCUGGAGAUGUGACCUUUGAUGUCUGCUCUGGGAGGAAGCUGAAAGCUACCAAAUCCUGUCUGGAGCGUCUGGUCUCUUACUGUGGGCAACACUUCCACCCUCACUAUGAAUCCCCUGCCUAUAAAAAACACACGCUCAUCAAACAAUCAGGGAAGCUCCAGGGGAACAUCUGCUCUUGUCACGGUAAAGAUUUGAAGCUUUUCUGCCGCACAGACCAGAAGUGUACCUGCCUUCUCUGCGCAGUGUAUGAACACAAACACCACGGCAUGAUCUUGGCCUCGGAAGAACGCAGUAAAUGGGAGGAGGAGCUUGUUUCAAGUCAACAAAAGAUUAAAAAGAGACUCCAGGACAGAGAGAAUGAUAUGAAGGUGCUUCAGCAUGAGAUGGAUGCCAUCAAUUAUUCUGCUGAUAAGGCUCUCAAGGAAAGUGAGGAGAUCUUUACUCAGUUGCUUCAUCUUAUCAACAACAUGAGGUCUGAUGUGAAGUUGCAGAUUAAAUCCCAGCAGAAGACAAAAGUCAGUCGAGCCAAAGAGCUUCGAGCCAAGCUGCAGCAGGAGCUCAGGUGGCUGAGGAGGAGAGAUGCUGAGCUUGAGCAGCUGUCACAUAGAAAAGAUCAUGCAACUUUUAUUCAAAAUUACUCCUCUUUGACAUGCAUAAAUCAGGGAACCGACCCACGCAGGAUUAACAUGCAUCUUCUGCAGUACUUCGAGGACGUGACACUAGCUGCGCACAAGGCCAAAGAAAAACUACACACGAUUUUUACCGAUACUUCCACCAAAAUUUCACUGAUAGAGAAAGAAGUUAGUGUUUCAGUACCAUCAGGAGAGCCUAAGACCCGAGCAGAAUGUUUACAACACUCACAAGUACUCACACUGGAUCCAAACACAGCAAACACACACUUGUCACUAUCUGAAGGGAACAGAAAAGCAACUGUGAUGAGUGAAAAACAGUUAUAUCCCAGUCAUCAAGACAGAUUCACUGACAUGUUUCAGGUCCUGAGCAGAGAGAGCCUGAGUGGACGUCAUUACUGGGAGGUGGAGAAGAAGUCAUUUGAAGUUUCAAUAGCGGUUACCUACAAAGAUAUCAGAAGAACAGGGUAUGAAAGUGGAUUUGGAAAUGAUGACAAAUCCUGGGCUUUAGAGUGUUUUCAUAACAGUUAUCAGUUCAGACACAAUGCCACCAGCACUUUAAUCAGAGGCCCUCAGUCCUCAAGAAUAGGCAUGUACCUGGAUCACAGUGGAGGUAUUUUGUCCUUUUACAGCGUCUCUGACACGGUGAAUCUCCUCCACAGAGUUCAGACCACAUUCACUCAGCCGCUGUAUCAGGGUCUUGGUGUUUUUGCUUCUUCUGAUGCUCCUGCUGCUGCUGCUGAGCUGUGCGAGCUAAAAACAAUACUAGUGCCUGUAAGUCCUGUGUAA